CACUAUUUGGGGAACGAAAAUUCUUUAACUAAAGUUAGUGAAGUUAUCAAAUAACAGUUAUUUAAAAGUAUACGUCAGUGAAUUGAUAGAUAGUGUAAUUAUAAAAUGGAUAGUAAUAGUACAAGUGUAUCUAUUGGGAAGUUCCCGUUUGAUUAUACUGAAGAUCAAGUUUUAGAAAUUGCUAAAUCUGUUGGACCAGUAAUUGAUUUAAAGUUACUCUUUGAUGAAUUAACUGGUAAAUCAAAAGGUUAUGCUAUAAUAAAUUAUGGAGAUAAUGAAACUGCAUCAUCAGCAGUUAGGAAUUUGAAUUAUAUGACAUUACCAAAUGGAAGAUUUUUAAAAUGUUCAUUUAUAACUGAUGGAGAAGCAACUAAUGAUAGAUUACCAAUAUUACCAUUAGGAGUUCAAAUUCAUCCUAAUGAAAAUGUUGAAAAUACUAUAGCAAAUAUUGUAAGUAGUAUUGAUCAAACAUCUGGAAUGGAAUUAUUAAGAGAAAUUAAAAAGAUGAGUAAAGAGAAUCCUAAUUUAACUAAAUUAUUAUUAGAAAAAUUUCCUCAAUUAGCUCAUGCUUUAGUUGAACUUACAUUAUUAUCAAAUACAUCAAAUAAAGAAUUAAUAGAAUUAACCCUUAAUAAACGUCAAGCUGAAUUGAAUGACCUUUCUUCAGCUCAUGUUCAACUUUUAAAAGAUGUUCAUAAUUUAAGUGAAGAAGAAAUUAAAGGUUUAGAUGAGGCCAAACAAGCCAUUAUACUAAAGGUUAAGCAAGAAAUAGAUAAUGGUACUUAUGGUCAAAUAAUAUGAAAUAAAUAAAAAUAUAAAUACAAAUACAAUUCUAGAAGUUUCUAUCCUAUUUUUAAAAUAGGCAAUGUGAUACUAAUUUUAAAAUAGUUGAGUAUAUUGAAUUGAGUUCACAUGCUAAUUAUGGUGUUCACUGUAAAGA